AUGCCAAACAUCAAGAAGUUGAAACUGGGUGAGCGUGCGGUGGUUAGGAUUCGGCAUGAAAUCCAGCUUACCAUACACGGUGAAGACGCGACCAGCCAGGAUGUGCAGAUACCCGGAUUCCCUCCACCUUCCCCUUCGACACAAACCGAAUCAGCCGCCACAGAAACGCCAUCCAUUCUCUCAGACUCGUUUUCACACACUCUCUCUUUGCCUAGCACUCCUUCGCCCAUGCCAUUAGUUCUACCGUCCGGUUCGAUACCGGACUGCGGCAGUUGCAGUAAAUUCGGCAAUAGCGGCAUCAUGCGCAUUUGCAGACCCUGCUCCGAUAUUGACACCGACGCCUUCGUCGGUGGAGAAUCUCCGGCACUCAUCACCCCGGGCGUGCUCGCAGUAGUGUUAAUAUUACUUUUCCUUGUCGCAGUCGCGCUGGUCGACUUUACCGAGUGGAUUCGUGGUAAACUCCGCUCAGGCCCCUCAGUCGCUCUUCCGGAGUCGGAGAAGUCAUACGCGCAAUUCGAAGACUGGGAGGAGGAAUACAUCCAUGAAGAUGACCAGCUUAUCCCCUGA